CUGAGAGGAUGGGGAAGCCAGCGCUAGCAAAGCGUGCAGCAUUCAGAAGACAUGCAGUGUCCAGAAAGCGUAAAAGAAAAGAAAAGGAAACUGGUGAUCUGUAUAUAGCACAGUCAUAUGGGUUGAGGUUUCUCAUAAAGUAGAGGAAUGCACAGGAAAGGGAAGUUGAUGGAGAGACAGGCAGGGAGUGGAACCGGUCAUGUUGUGCCAGGGAGGAGUGCAGAGAAAAGCCCACACAGCUCUUUGGGUGCCAGAGGUCCACUAAGCCCCAUAGAAACCCCAGGGCUUUUCACGAGUUGGUUACUUACUUCAAAUCUCCAACGGGUGAAAGAUUUCUCAUACUUGAGAUUUUCAUCAUUGCUGCCUUGACACUGCUGAUUUACAUGCUAUAUCAGAAGGAACUGGAAAAAAGACAGGAGUUUCAAAUGGCAGUGGAUAUGAUUCGAACCGUUCUGGUUGGGAUUGAUCCAGUCUAUAUAGACAAGGAGGACUUAGAAAUACUUGCUGCAGCUCAAAACAUAUCAGAGGAACUGCGGUAUUUUGCCAACAAAAAUGAUGAACUGCAAAAAGAAAUUGAUAUCCUUACUGAAAACUUGAACGAUGGCUGGCUUAUAUAUGAAAGGACCUUAUAUUGGUUUUCUAGUGAGGUAGCCUCAUGGAUGGAUGCCCAAAAAAAUUGUGAGCGGGAAGGCGCCAACCUCAUUUCUGCGGAAUCAGUGGAAGAACAGCUUUUUGUGAGCACUGAAGUACAAAAUCUUAAAAAGGUUUUUUGGAUUGGAGUCUUUAAAGACAAGGGAGGGACAUGGAAAUGGCUGUCAGGGAAGAUAGUUUCAGAAACCUACUGGAAUUACUAUGAGCCAAAUAGAGAACCGAACCACGACUGUAUUGCAAUGUCCUUUGAUUGCUACUACAACAAAUGCUGGAUGGCAGUAAAAUGUGAUCUACCAAUAAACUAUGUUUGUAAGAAGGUGCCUAAGGAUACUUGGCUCUAAGAAGACACCUUAAGAUGAACGUAACUGGAUCCCAUGAUCACUACACAAAAACAAAACCAAGAGAUCACCCACCCCACUGUUUUAAUGCACAAUCCACACUCUGCCACCUACAUUU